UUAUCUAUAUAUCUAUGCAUAUACAGGUGAGAUGAGAGUAAAACGUGAAGAGUGAAGACUCGUCCAGACUGUCGUGUAUGAUCCAGGAUGAUUCACAUCGGCUGGGUGGAGCGUAAGGAGCGACUGAAGCAGCAGAUCGCUCUGGUGUACUACAGACAUGGGCUGUUCGUGUCCAACCAUCCGUACGCCAUCAUCCCUCUCUCUAUGCUGGUGGCCUUCAUCUUCUGUAUCCCCCUGGCUAACCUCCCCCUGCCCGGUAAUGCCCCCCUGGAGUACACCACCACUGUAAAGGAGUUUAGUCUCCCCCUGACGGAGGCUACUGUGGAACCCAGUCUGCUGCAGACAGCCAUGGAAGGACACCUGGACUCCGGACUACCAAAAUGGCUGGCGGGGAAACCUGUGGCUUUUAUUCAGCAGUUUGUUGUCAUGGCAACGGUGUCGCCAUGGGAAUCCAGACUGAUCCCCACCGACGCCUUCCGCGCUCCGCUCUCCAAAGUCUUCUCCAUCGUGGACGAUGUCAACAACCUACAGGUCAAAAUAAGUGGAAAAACCAGAAGUACAAGUGACUUUUGUCUCCAUAUCCCGGAGGUCUUACCGAAGUUCAAGGCCAAAGGUCUCCUACCAGAGUUUAACUGUUUACUGGUGUCUCCCGCAAACUUCUGGAAGGGUGAUGCCACCCUUUUUAAGGAGGAUGGACAGAUUAUCAAGACAAUUCACAGCUUCCAGUCUCCAACAAUAGAGACUGCACCUACUAUUAAAGACUUGCUGUUUGGAGUGCCCGCCAAAGCCACGGGUGUCCACAGGUUCUUCUUACGCAACAAACAGAGGCUCAUCAUGUAUGCCGUCACAUUAGCGCUGAAGGACUACAAUGCUACCUAUAUAAAUACACUGAAGACCAUACUACAGAAGAAAUACCACUCCAGUUUGUUGAAUGUGACACAGGAAUCUGAGGAACAAAUCACACACAUGCAUUUCAAGGAGGAGUUCAGCAUUAUUGAGUUGGUUCCCCUACUGGCCACAUAUCUGAUCCUGUUCCUGUAUAUAUCCUUCUCUGUCUCCAAAAUAGAGUUUGUAAAGUCAAAGUGGGGUCUGGCUCUGGCUGCAGUGAUGACAGUCAUCGCCUCUCUACUGAUGUCCAUAGGACUGUGUACUCUGUUUGGGCUGACUCCUACUCUAAAUGGAGGGGAGAUCUUCCCUUACCUUGUUGUGAUAGUGGGACUAGAGAACAUCCUUGUACUGACCAAGUCUGUAGUGUCCACCCCAGUUCACUUGGAUGUCAAUAUCAGAAUAGCACAAGGUUUGAGUAAGGAAGGCUGGUCCAUUACUAAAAACCUGCUGACAGAGUUGGCUAUAGCAUGUGCUGGGUACUUCACAUUUGUUCCAGCAAUUCAGGAGUUCUGCAUGUUUGCGCUGGUUGGUCUCUUGUCAGACUUCAGUCUCCAGAUGUGGUUCUUUGCUACAGUGCUGUCCAUAGACAUUAGGAGGAUUGAGCUGUCAGACUUACAAAGACAGGGUGACAGACAGCAGGGCCAUAAGACUGACACCGCCACCAUCCAAUCAGAGACCCUGACCAACCAGACCCUGCCGCGCCCCCCUCCCACCCGCCUGCCAAGGUCAAAGUCAGCACCUGGUCUCCACCAUCUUGUAUCCCAGCAGCCUCGGCUGGUGACCCCUGAGCGACCCCCAGCGGCGGUAGAGAGUGGAGAACACCCGAACCAAGGCCUCCUCCGGGCACAGAAAAGACUCAAGUUUGUCUUCUUCUGGGCAAGGACUAGGAUUGUGCAAAGGUUCAUUAUGCUUUGCACUGUUGUUUGGAUUGCUCUUAUCGUAUACAACACCGGAUUGGUGGACCAGUUGACCAACGUGACCACCAGUCGUCAACCCUCAUCGUCUUCCGAUAACAAGGACAGCCUAAGGAGCCUGCAAGAGGGGCUACAGGUGCAAGCUGAGUCUCCAAGAAGAAACCAAGACCUUGACUUAGAGCGUAAGACGGAUGCUUUUUGGAACUUUGACGGAGAAGGGGAGGGGAAAGAGCAGAAGGAGCCGUGGCAGGACCUGUCCUUCAGACACUGGCCCAAACUGUUCGGGUGUUAUAACAUCACACUAGCUGGAAGGUACAUCAGCAUCCUGCCUCCCAUCCUGCUGUCGGUGGUGGUUCCCCCCCACGAGGCUGUAGAAAUGAGACACCGCAGCGAGCAGCAGGAGCACGCCCAGAAGCUGCAGUACUUCAUGGAGUCGCAGGUCAUCCACGACAUACCGGACGGCGCAGCCCCCGACAUGACCUUCGACCCACUCCUCGCCAUGAACAAGACAGUCCGUCUGCCGUUCUUUUCCUCUAAAAGGGAAUAUUACUUAACUAUUGGUCUUGCAGUGCUGAGCGGAGCGUUCCUGGUGGUGAUACUGAUGGUGCUGUACAAGUGUGUGUGUCCCCGCGACUACGGGCGCUGGGCACCAGAGGGAAGGAGGUUAAAGGUCACAGACGACCCCUAUUACGUCCGACAGAUCAGCGACUCUGUACCGCUGGUACUACGGGGUCACACGCAGGAUGUGGAGUGCAUGUGUAGUGACGGCCCUACCCUGGUCAGCUCCUGUCUGCUGGGUGACAUCAGAGUCUGGGACGCCAACUCUGGGGACUGUCUCACUCGCAUCAGCAGGAGAACAGCCCCCAGCAGUACCAGACAGCCCUGUUAUGGUGGAAAUGAACAGUACGACCCUUGGUCACCCCAACAGUCCCCACCAGACCUGCAGUACCACCACCUCACCCACAGGGGGCACUCCCAGCGCAGUCUCUCAGACAGCCAGGAACAGCAGAAACCCAAGAGGAGAAAAAGCGACUUCUUCACCAACUUGCCCAAUCUCGCCAGCAGCAUCGACACGGAUUUUGUGCAGUUACAGAAGGAGCAGAAACGUGAAACUCUGAACGGGUUUCACCACUCCCAGGCAGGCCAUCAGACAAGUACACCGCGACUGCCGUCUGCCACAGAGUCACAAGUUAAUGUUAGGCAAGUAGAGGUGAAAAGUACACCGCAGGACAUCCCAGGUUCUACCCCAGGAUAUGACUUCCACAGUCGGUUUGACCACUACUAUCACGAACACGCGUCGUUGUACAAGAGAACUAGUACAGGAUGUUCCUCACCGGACAUGCUGAUGCCACCAUCUCCCGAUCAGCUGCUCAACGCAUCGUCUUCAAGCGAACAACGGUUGCUGAAUGCGUCAUCCUCCAGCGAGCGUAGCCUGCACAGCACAGGCAGCGCGUCGGAGCUGCGGCGGCUGUCGUCUGCGGGUGAGCUGAGCCGGCAGGACAGCCUGGCGGGGCUGUACGACAGCGUGUUUGGGGACAGCGCCCUGCUGGAGGAGGACAGCGUGGCCACGCCCAUCUGGUGCCUGGGUUGCCAUGACAACCUGGUGGUUGCCGGGUGCAGUAAUGGCAGAAUAGAGGUCUGGGAUGGGUUGUCUGGGUCUUUGAAGUGUUAUUACCAUGAGUUUGCAGAAGGAGUGACGGCUCUUUGUUUUGUUAAUAACAGAAUUGUUGCAUCUCGACUCAACGGCAGCUUAGAUUUCCUCAUCCUGGAGGCUCGAGGGGUGGUGUCAGCCUCCCCUCCAUCCAUGGUGCCUUCUGGGCCAAUCAGAGGUCACAGAAGGAACCAAUCACACGAUGGCUUCAUUGUCACAAGUUCGGACACGGUCUGCUGCGUCCGUCUGGCGCACCACGUUCCCCACGCACACCAGCAGCCAAUCAACGUGCUGCAGUCUUCCGCCGGCCGCGUGGUGACGGGAAGUCAGGACCACACCCUGAAGGUGUACCGACUGGAGGACGCCCUGUGUCUGUAUACACUACACGGCCACACGGAUGGAGUCACUGCACUACAUCUGGACAAGACUCCCCCGUUAGCUGCGGCCAGUGGUUCUCUGGAUGGGGAUAUCCGGCUGUGGGACAUGCUGACCGGCUCGUGUGUCCACCACCUGACUGGACACGAGGGCGGCAUCCUGUCCCUGACCUGCACCACCGGCCAUGUCCUCAGCUCAGGCCAGGAUGACCGCAUCUGUGUGUGGGACCGGUCAAGAGGGGCCUUGCUCUACUCUAUACAACAGGAUGUCGGCUGCAGCAGCACCAUAGGUAUUCUCAACAACAGUCUACUGGUCAGUGGGGGGCAGGGUUGUCUGUAUCUGUGGAACAUUCUUCGCGGCGAGCACCUCAGAACGGUUCUUCUCGGAGACAACGACCAGUCACAGUUUGUACGUCAAGUUCAGGUCAUCUACGGGUCAUCAGUUAUCUGUAACUAUGGCAACCAACUACGAGUUGUGCACUUUCCUUCUGUCCUGGAGAAGGCCGAAUGAACGAGAGAUUUUGUCCUGAAGGUUUCGGAUGUUUUGUCUCACCAAACAUGUUUUGACUUGAAGGACAACAUAACAUAACAUUACCACUACAGUAUGACGUCAACUCUUAUAAUUUCAGCAGGUCUCCAAGACACCUGGUGUAAUUAUGAGAGUUAACAUCGUCACACUUCUGAUAUAUCCAUGCUGUUGUGGUAGGAAAGUUAUGAUGUGAGUGGAAGGAAUUUAAAAAAAACAUUCCUGCUUCUGCACCAUUUUAAGGAUCCCUGUUUGAAACUGUCCGUAUAUGAUAUAUAUGCAAUGAUCAUAUCCAACCUGUUUUGAAGCUGACUUUAUCAAUUGUCUGGUUGGUUGCUGACUCAUAUUCAUCUCCAAGCAGAUCUGUUGGUGACAGACAUUUUUGGAAAAAAAUCAAAGCCCUGUAUCAUUCCUAAGUGCAGGAAUAGUCUGACUUGGAAAGAAUUUUGUCAGAAUACUUCUCAAUCUUUAGUAGGCACCAAUUAAACCCAAAUGUUGAGAUUUGUAGAUCAAAAUUCAAGGAAUUAUUUUUAAGUUAUUUUCGUACUUCAGUAUUUCUAUCAAUGAAAGAGAGGUUGGUUUAUUUUCUACUUUUGACUUUGUGAAUGUAUAAUAAGACAAUCAUGUUUUUGUUGAAGUUCUUUAAGUUAUUUUUUCACUUUUUCUAAUGACACAGAUUAUGAUAUUUCACUGAUUUUUGAAAUUUGUAAAAUUGUUACUAAAAGGUUCUAUGUAAAAUUGUACAUAAUAUUUGUAUUCAAUGAAUUGUGCUUAAUUGAAGGCAUGUUAAUUGAUAUUAAUUAAGCAAUAAACUGUUGGGAUUCUUUAAUUGCCAAUCAUAAAAGCAUAUGCAAUCUACUGAAUAUCCUUUGUAUAGACAAAUGGAAGUUAGUGGCAAUAUGUUUAGACCUUCCACUGUUAAUUCUGUUAACUGUGAGAGAAAUUAUUGUAGUUCAUAGUUGAUUAGAAUAAUUGUAGCCUGGUAUUGAUGUCGUUCCAUCUGAU